AUGAAUAUAUCAUCUAACAUUAAAAUUCAACUUAUUAAAAAUUCAUCUAUAUUCAAGUUAGCCCAGCAAAAUCUAUCUAAUCAAACGAAUAUAACUACAAUUGUUCAUCGUAAACCAUUUGAAAGUUAUAUCUGUAAUAAUAGAAAUAUUAAUCGAUUUCCAAUUUCAUCAACAACACCAUCAAAUGAUUCAUUUGAUAUAUAUCGAAAAAUUUCUUUAGAAAAAUAUUGUAAUAUAGUACCUAUUCCACAACAUAAAUGGUUCAAUGCUCAAACAUAUACUGAAAAUGAGAUUGCAUUUGUUAUUUUUACAUCUUCGAAAUUUUAUCAUACACGAGCAACAGCAACACGUGAUACAUGGCUUUCACGUAUAACAAAUUAUUAUUUUCUUAGUGCAACUCCUUAUCCUUACUUACCUGUAACUGUUAUAUCUGAUGCUGGUGAAAAUAAAUUAUCAAAUGUAAAAAAACUUUUUUAUGGUCUACAAAUAAUCUAUCAACAACAAAUGAAUCUUUCUGUAAAUCAACGACAAAAAUGGUUUUAUAUAGCUGGUUGUGAUACAUUUAUUAUUCCAUAUCAUUUACUUAAACGUCUUGAUGGUUUAGAUUAUAGAAAACCUAUUCUAUUAGGUGGUCAUACAGGUCGACAUACAUGUCCAAGAAAAAAUGGUGGAACAUUUAUUAUUGAAUUUCCAUCAGGUGGUGCAGGAUUUUUUUUUAGUAUAAAAUUACUUGAAAUAAUGCAACCACAUCUAACAAAUUAUGUUGAAAAUAUUUGGCCACGUAAAUCUGACGCAUCAGAUGUUGCACUUACUUGUCUUGCUAUUCAAUUAGAUGUUAAAUUAAUAAAAAAAGCUGGAUUUUGGGCACAUCCACCAGCAUUUACAUUAGCUGAAGAAAAACGUUCAAAAUUUCAUAAUGAACCUGAACCAAAUAAUUUUCAUUAUAUUAAACCUGAUGAAAUGUAUGCACUUGAUGAAUUUUAUAUUCAUCAACAUAUAGACAGAUUAAUACAUGAUGAAAAUUGGGAUGAAUUAACUAAAUUUACACGACGUUUUGUGACUAGUCAUUAUGAAUUAUUAAGAAAAAAAAGACGAGAGUGUCCUUUACCUAACAGAGGAAAUAAAACUAAAUAA